CCCUUAAAGGAAUGCGAGUAAAUUACUUCCUUGUAGCAGCAGGGUGGAGACUUAGAAGUGUAGACCUAUUUCAGUAAUUCUUACUUCUCUAUUUACAUGGAAGAAAAUUACAAGGCAGCAAGAAAUUUUAAUUCAAAAGUCAGCGCUUCACACCAGAAGGAAUGUGGUUAAGUUACUUCCUUGUAGGAGCAGACUGGAGACUUAGAGGUGUUGACCUAUUUCAGUAAUUCUUACUUCCCUGUUUCCGCAAAAGAAAAUCACAAAGCAGCAAGACAUUUUAAUUCAAAGUCAGCUCUUCACACCAGAAGCGAAAAUGCUUUAUACAGAGUUACUGCAAUUGUGGAAUGAAUCUGUGCAUGCAAUGGAUAACAAGGACUGGCAAGGAGCUCUGGAAAAGCUGGACCAGAUUACUGAACCAACAUAUCGUACUCUCUUCAAUGCUGCAUCAGCACACAUUUGUCUGGGGCAGCUGGAUGCUGCCCUUAUGGCUUUAGAUCUCACAAUCGUCAAGGAUCAACAUCUCGCAGUUGCAUUCUUCCAGAGAGCAGCGGUAAUGAUGCAGCUUGACAGGUUGGACGAGGCUCUGUCUGACUGUGUCUGGGCACAGACACACUUGAGAGGAAAUAUGGUCAUUGACUAUAGACAACUUGGGCUGCGUUAUAAACUCUACAGCUGGCAGGUGUUACAUAAUGCAGCAGCUGUGUACUGCCGAAUGGACCAGUGGGAUCAAGCCAGAGAUAUUCUCAUCUCACAAACUCAAGGGGGGAAUUUAGAAAUGGCUUUGGACAGUGUCCUGAGAAAGGAAACCCUUGCACCUCUCAAUGUACCUGAGGGUGUGGUGUUUCGUCCCAGGAAAAAGGAUGUGGAACAACUCAAGCAGAGAGACUUCUUAGGAAAGUCAAAGGUCAUUUCAUCCAUGAUUCCCAACGAUGAUUUUGGCGGAUUUGAACCUCUCAGGUUACAGAAACCUGGUUAUUAUCAACCCAUAGUAGAUGGUGCUAAGGAGUGCCGCUACAUGUGUAUGACAGUCCCUUACAUGGCUCGAGGCCCAGGCCACUUGACAGUGCCAGGCGGUUCUAAGAUAUUUUUAUAUGAAGAUCAGGACAAGGACGGGAUGGCAACUGUCAUAUAUGAUGGACAGAGAGGACUUGUGCCAAUGUCUCUGCUCAAGCCGGCAGAUAUCAAGAUGACCACAAGCAAAACUGAGAGUACACUUGCUACUGGGAUUCCCCUCCCUCCUGGUCUGAAGCCACCCUCUCGUCCACAAAAUUGGUCUCGAACAGCAGCUACUAGUUGGGGAGGACAGUUUUCUUCAGAAACACCACCUCCAUCCUACUCAACUGCUACCCAUACUGAACUGCCAGCCCCAGACCCUCCUAAGUACACAGCCAGUUCAGCCAGUAGUAAAGAUGUCACCUCAGUUCAAGAAGUAGAAACAGACUCUGUGGUUGUAAAAGUUCACUAUACAUACACCAUGGCACUGUCAAUACAUUCAAAUGCAUCAUACCAUGAACUGAAGGAAGAAAUUGCUCAACAAUUGGAUCAGCCAGCAUCUUCUCUGCGCCUCAGACAUAGGAAGCAUGGCUCUCGGGUACUUGUACCACUUGAAUGGGAAUUAGAGCCAGGGAGGACCAUACAAGAGUUCUCGGAGUCUGGCAAAACAACUUUGUGGUGUCAGGCAGAAGACUCUCUGCGCAACCAUACCAUCCUCUACCAAAUGGUGGCACUAUAUGAUUAUGCUGCUCAGGGUCAAGAGGAUUUGGAGUUCAGCGAAGGGGAUACCAUUGACAUCCUUUGUGAAGUAAACGACGAGUGGUUGGAGGGACAUUGUGCAGGGAGAAUAGGCAUCUUCCCCAGCAGCUUUGCCAUGAGGGAAAAUGAAAUCUUGUGAUGUCUUGAGUUUUAAAAAUUGAGCUGUGCUGAAUAAUAUUUCUUUAAGUUCAAAUCAGUGUCAUUACACCCUUCAGUUCAACCCUGCAAAACAGUUUCUCUUUUGUUUUCUUUUUACUUUUUUUAAACCACUAAGAUGGCGCAAUGUAAUGGGUGUCUGUUUUUGUUUGUUAAUCACACAAAAAUGUAAUCUUACACCCUAAACACCAAGAUUACCACGCCUAGAACCUAAGAGGGAAGCAAAUUGGCUUGUGUCGUAAUAUUAAUUGAGUUUGUUAGCUUUUCCAUGUUCAGAGUUCGAUGUCAAGUUAUUAUAAAUAAGCACAGCUUCCCUACUUGAAAAAUAUUCAUUUGUCCGCACAAGAUUUGAUCUGGAUUUCAUCCAAUCAUCAAGACCCUUUUUUUUUCUUUUGUCUCGUUUAAUUUUACCAUUCAAUAAUUUGACAGUUCCUCAAGAUGUUUCAUGUAUUACACAGGUGUCAAACCCAAGGCCCGGACGCCAGAUACGGCCUGCCACAUCAUUUUAUGUGGCCUGCAAAGACAAUUUGUGCAUCAAAUUCGUGUCAUUACUAGAAUUGCAAAUUGUCUUCACGUUUAAUAAUAGCUUUUUUAAAAAUAUUUGACCAGUUUUUACUCAUCUGAUUUGAAAAUGAUUUAUUUAUCAGUUUGAUUUGUAGCUGUAUAUAAUAUGGAGGUGCUCAAACAUUUAUUUGGGUUGACAGUCAUAAUGGCCCUCAGAAAGAAGCUAUAACUACAAUGCGGCCCGCAAAAAAAAAUUGUUUGACACCCCUGAUGUAUUACUGGCACUGAGUCUGAAUUAGAUUCAGCUGUUUGAGAAGAGAAUCUGCAAAAGCAUGUCAUUGCAAAUAAGUAAAACCGAAACUUACGACACAUUUGUUACAACUUAAGUUACUCGUUUCACUUUUCUCCAUAACUAAUGUUGUCACUGUUGUUUUAACUCAUUUGUUUAAUAUGAAAUAAUUGAUUUGCAUGUUCUUAUUGCCCUCUAAUACAAAAUGUUUCUAAAAAUGA